GGCCUUUGAUGAUAUUUUACCUUAGACAACAUGACAGCUCCGUCUCCUCCUACCCUUUGCCGCGCCAGCCAGACCGCCCGAGCCUCCCCACCUAAACCCUAGCCGCCGCCGCCGCCGCCACCGCCGCCGCCGAUGGCGAAGCGCCCGCGCAACUUCCGGGCGGUGCGGUCCAACUCCUUCGAGUCCUACCUCCGGCGGGUCAUAUCCGAGGCCGGGCUCGCCGUGCCGGGCUGCUGCGCCGACGACGUCGCCGCCGCGCUCCGCUCCCGCCACCCGGACCUGCGCCGCAAGCAGCACGCCCCGCUCGUGGCCGCCGUCCGCCGCGCCCUCCUCACCAUCCCCCUCGCCCCCGCCCCCGGCGCCGGCUCCGACUCCGACAUGGACUCCCGCGCCUCCUCCCCCUCCUCCCGCCGCCGCCACCGCGCCCACGCCACCGCCUCCUCCUCCACCUCCUACUCCGAACACGACGACGACGACGACGACGCCCCCUCCCCUCCCCCCGCCUUCGACGUCACCAAGGCCAUGCUCCGCACCCGCUACGCCUCCCUCACGCCCAGGAAGGAGCCCGCGGCCGCCGCCGCAGCCGCAGCAAGCCAGCAGCUCGAGAUCGAGCUCAACUCGGAGAAGCCCCGCCGGCGCGUCACGACCGAUGGCGGCGGCGGCGGCGGCGGCGACCCCAAGCAGGAGGCAGGGGCCAGCGAAGGAGGCGGCGGCGGAGGGGCCAAGGGGCCCAGGUUUUCUGAUCUUGGGGGGAUGGAGACGGUGAUUGACGAGCUGAUGAUGGAGGUUGUGGUUCCCCUGUGCCACCCGGAGCUGCCGCUGCGGCUCGGGGUUCGGCCUGUGGCAGGGAUUCUGCUGCACGGGCCGCCGGGCUGCGGGAAAACCACGCUCGCCCACGCAAUCGCCAACGAGACUGGCGUGCCAUUCUACAAGAUAUCGGCGCCGGAAGUCGUAUCUGGUGUCUCUGGAGCUUCUGAGGAAAAUAUCAGAGUCUUGUUUAAGAAGGCGUACAGAACUGCUCCCUCAAUUGUAUUUAUAGACGAGAUAGAUGCAAUUGCGUCCAAGAGGGAGAAUUUGCAACGUGAAAUGGAGCGGCGGAUAGUUACACAGUUAAUGACAUGCAUGGAUGAAUUCCACCAGAAUGUUGGAUCGGAUGGUGGUGACUUGGACUCGCAAUCAUCUGAAAAGAAACCUGGCUAUGUCAUUGUCAUCGGAGCUACCAAUAGGCCUGAUGCUGUUGACCAAGCGCUUCGGAGACCAGGGAGGUUUGAUCGAGAAAUAUCUCUUGGUGUUCCAGAUGAGAUUGGACGGAAACAGAUUUUGAAGAUGCUUACUCAGAACCUAACACUGGAGAAAGACCAAUUUGACCUGUUCAAGAUAGCAAGGGCUACCCCAGGAUUUGUUGGCGCAGACUUGAAGGCAUUAGUAGAUAAAGCAGGGAAUCUGGCAAUGAAGAGAAUAAUUGUUGAAAGAAAAAAACAGAGUGGUGGGGGUGAUGUAAACAGCAAGCAGGACUGGUGGAGACAUCCUUGGAGUGAAGAUGAGAUGGACAGCCUGUGUAUUACUAUGGAUGACUUUGAGGAAGCAGCCACAAUGGUUCAACCAUCAUUGAGAAGGGAAGGAUUUUCUUCUGUGCCUGACGUCACAUGGGAGGAUGUUGGAGGUCUUGAUUCGUUAAAGAAAGAAUUUGACCGGUGCAUUGUUCGUUGUAUCAAGCACCCUGAAGUUUAUAAGGAUUUCGGAGUGAACAUGCAAGCUGGGUUUUUGCUGUUUGGACCUCCAGGCUGUGGGAAAACUCUAAUAGCAAAAGCAGUUGCGCAUGAUGCAGGGGCAAAUUUUAUUCACAUUAAGGGGCCUGAGCUACUGAACAAGUAUGUUGGGGAGAGUGAAUCAGAAGUAAGGAAAAUAUUCACCCGUGCAAGGAUUAACUCCCCAUGCAUCCUAUUUUUCGACGAGAUAGAUGCUCUGACAACAAAAAGAGGGAAAGAGGGAGGAUGGGUUGUUGAACGCCUCCUAAACCAGUUACUUGUUGAACUCGAUGGUGCAGAUCAGCGUCAUGGUGUUUAUGUUAUUGGAGCUACGAACAGAAUUGAUGUUAUAGAUGAGGCUGUUCUACGGCCUGGUAGAUUUGGGAAGAAACAUUUUGUACCUUUACCUGGUGCUGAUGAGCGGGUUGCGAUAUUGAAAGCACAUACUGAAAAGAAAACUCUCUCGGAAGAUGUUGAUUUGGAAACAAUUGCACGUCGAGAGGAGUGCAAUAAUCUCACUGGUGCUGACCUGGCAUCACUGGUGAACGAAGCAGCCAUGGCAGCGUUGGAAGAGAGGUGCGAAUUCCUGGCGAAAGGGGACUCGUCAAUGAGUACUGACUUGACUAAUAAGAUAAAACUGCAGCACUUUGAGCAUGCUCUAUCUAAAGUAAAGCCCUCAGUAUCAGAACAGCAAAGGAAACACUUCGACGCGCUGUCAAAGAAAUAUUCAGCCAACUGAUCCAUCGCCGUGCUUACAAGGACCAUACUGUAGCCUUGUUUCUACUUCCCCUGUUCCAAAAUAAAUGUCUCAACCUUGUACUAGCUCUAGUAUAAAAUUGUACUAAGCCUCUAGACAAUUAUUUUGGGACGGAGGAAGUAUUAUUUUUGCUCAUACCAUAGCUUGGUGUAGAGAUUGCGUGUGCUGACCCUCUACACUAAAGCUAUGCAAUUUUGGUAGUGAGGGACUUGUUUUCGGUGUUUGGAAAAUAUGAACUCGUUAUGCUUGUUGUACGGCUUUUACCGGUGCUCCGUCCCCUUGUAAUGUUUUGAAUUGAGAAACACGGAGAAACUUUUUGUGGACUGAGCAUUCUUGAUCAAUGCAGAAUUCUUUCUCUUA